GCCACAUACAGUACAUACAUACUACAUCUAUAACCGGUCUUGACUUACUACUGCUGCUACUACUCUUACUGUUAUAUACUACUACGUCCGUUGUUGAUUUUGUUCCGUGAUCUCUUCUCCGCGAUCGACGGGAGAGUCAACGUGACGUAUCUUUUUUCGACAUCCAACGGUCGCAUCCAAGUAUGAGAAGGAGCAGUAUACUGCAUAUGCAAUGAGAUGAUGCAGACAGCCCUUCAUCAGCCCAUGGGGAUGACACUCUUGGCUGAUGCCGCUACUUCAUCCCUCACGGCUCUCAAAGGCUCUACCACAUCUUCUGCUUUUUCGUCGCUAACCGUGCCCCCGGAGCCUGCACGGACGGUCGUUACAGUCUACAGUCCGGGGCAAGAGGCCAUCGUUCAAGUGGUUGCGGAUAUCCUCGGCAAGCCAUGGACUACCGAAACCUCACUGUCUACGUUUGGCCCAGGCAGCAACGCCGUCGUCGUAGGGUUUCUCGCCACGGAAGAUUCGAUUGCAAGCUUGCAAGUGGAUGACCCGGCGUCCUGUAUUCUGGUCAAUACGCAUUGUGUCGACGAUGGAUCGUUUCCGGAUGACGCACUCACCGAGCGCUGCCAUUAUGAGUUCCUCUACUCUCUGCGCAGUCCUUUCUUUCGCCGCGACCUGACUCGCUUCUUGUCGUUGAUCCUGGGUCAGACUCGGCCGCAUGAGGACUUGAAAACCAAGAACCGGACCAACUUCAUCUCCACGACAUUCCCGGAUGUGCAUGCGGCCCUGCCAAACCUCGACAUCCUCUCUGUGGGCUCGGAUGCCGUCGAAAUCCGCGUGGAUCUGCUAGUUGAUCCUGAACCACCCCAGGGGGCAGAAGUGUCGGUGCCGAGCCUUCGCUACGUAGGGCAGCAGCUGAUGUUGCUUCGGCAGCAUACGGAGCUGCCCAUUAUUUUCACCACCCGGUGCACCAAGGAGAAUGGCAAAUUCCCCAUGGAUGACCCGAUGCUCUUCUACAAGUAUCUGCGGCGGGCGAUUCAGUGGGGAGUGGAGUACAUUGAUGUGGAGCUGUGGCUGCCCGAAGACAUCCGGAGACGGCUGUCGGAGGUCAAAGGGAACAGCAUCAUCAUGUCUGCGUUCCACGAUUUCUCCGGGACGUGGAAGUGGACGUCUCCAGAGGCACCCCGGAUCUUUGCGGAGAGCGCCAAGUACGCGGACAUUGUCAAGAUGAUUGCCAUGGUGACUACGAUCGAGGCCAACUACGAACUAGAGUACUUCCGGUCGACGAUCAAGGGGACCUACGGGCCCUACCCACUUCUCUCGGCAGUCAACAUGGGCCAACUAGGGCAGCUUUCGCGUGCGCUCAACACGGUGUUUUCGCCCAUCACGCAUCCGCUGCUGCCGAUGAUUGCCGCGCCCGGCCAGCUGACCGCCGCCGAGAUCAACGAGGCCCUCCACAUCAUGGGACAACUUCCGAAGCGAGAUCUGUACGCGAUUGGGUCCUUCCGAUCCACGCCGCAGUCGAUGUUUAUGGAGAAAUGCUUCAAUGAGCUGAGUCUACCGCACACACUGACUUCGAUUGACCGGGGUCCCACGGGCUCGAUCGAGCGGGUGAUCACGCAGCCGAGCUUUGGGGGAGCGUCCGUUCACCCGCCGAUCGCCAGUGGGACGAGCAGCAUCCCGGCCAUCAGCGAAGCAGCGCAGGCGAUCGGACUGGUGGAUACGAUUGUGGCCAUGCGGGGCUCUGGGCGGCCACAGCAGCCAGCGCCACCGCAACAGCAGUUGAUGGGGGAGAAUGCGACGUGGAAGGGAAUCCGGGCGACGUUGACACGGGACUAUGUGCCGUCGGCGUACCGGGGACGAGCAGCCAUCAUCUUAGCGGGGAGCGAGAGCGAAGCGUCGGCGACGAUCUUUGCAUUGCGCAGUCUGGGAGUGGGCGCGAUCCACACGGUCGGGUUCCGGGCGCGCGGCCCGCUGGCGGAAGGACUGGAGCCGUUUACGUCGAUCCAAUCGGUGAAGAUGGUGGAGCAGCCGUUCGUGAUGGUGUCGGCGCUGCCACCAGAGAAGUCGCUGCUGGUGCAGCCGUUGCUGCGGCACUACCGGACGAGUGGACGCACAUCGCCGCCGUCGACUCGGGGGAAAGUGUACCUGGACUUGACCAGGGGAGAGCGCACGGGAGACCCGGUGGGGGUAGCCGUGCGAGCCGGCUGGACGGCGUAUGGGAUUGAAGAUGUUGAUGCAUGGACGACGGUGGAGACGCUGCGACUGCUGGUGGGACAGAAUGUACCGUUUGAUUUUGUACGUAUGGCAUCGGGACGGGUGUUUUGAUUAUAUCUUGAUAUAGAAUUGGAGUAAAUCGGUAUGAUAAAUGAAUGAACUGUAUCCACUUUAAGUAGGAGUAUUA